UUUUUUUGUAAUGGUCGGUCAAUUCGGUAAUAAUACUAAUAAUUUUUAUAUUAGAAAUAAUAAGGCUAAAGUGAAAAUUGAUCCAAUAUAACAAUACAAUGGCGUUAUACGAAGGUAUAGCACUGAUACAGGAGAAACAAGCCGUGGUACUUGAUCUGGGUACUGAUUAUACGAAGUUUGGUUUUACUGGGGAAGCCACUCCUCGUUGUAUCAUCCGGUCGGAAUUCUGGUGUACGUCGACGAAGAAGUUUAAACGAGUCUACGAAUAUGAAACGCCUGAAGAACUAUACGAUAACCUUGUGAACAUGCUGCACUUGCUGUACUUUAGGCACGUAUUGGUCAAUCCUAAAGAGCGCAAAGUCGUGGUAGUGGAAUCUCUACUCACUCCUACACUAUUUCGUGAAACGUUGGCGAAGGUUUUAUUCACACACUAUGAGGUUUCCGGUGUGAUCUGGGCGGACAGUCCGCGGAUGUGCGCUUUAACCUUGGGCACACCCAUAACUCUUAUUGUAUCGAUUGGCGCAAGAGAGGCGGAGGUGGCGGCGGUCGUGCACGCGUGCCCGGUGCUGCGCGCGAUACAAUCGCAGCCGCUGGCGGCGCGCGCCAUCCACGUCGAACUGAAGCGGCUCCUUAAUGAGGACAACAACACAGAGUUAAUCCUAUGUGAUGAUACAAUUGAAGAUAUAAAAGUCAAGGCGUGCUUCGUAACAAAACGUGAGCGUGCAGAAAAAUGGGCAAGUGGGCAGUCGCUUCCUACUAAAAGCCUUCAAUAUCCAUUGAGUGGUCGGCCAGCUAUCACAGUGUCUGGUAGAACAAGAGAGUUAGCGGCUGAACCUUUAUUUGCUAGAGAUAAUGAGCUAGCAUCAUUACCAGAUAUUGUAUUACAGUGUAUAAUGCAGUGUCCGAUUGAUGUGAGGCGUGCGUUAGCUGAGAAUAUUCUGGUGACUGGUGGGACUGCUGCUAUGCCUGGCUUGAAAGCACGGUUGGUACAUGAGCUGAGGUACUUGGUUACACAGCCACCAUAUAAUGAGCGGUUACACAUUCAAGAGUUCAAGUUCCACACAGCUCCAGCACAUGACAACAGUGUGGCAUGGCUGGGUGGUGCACUGGCGGGGGCUGGUGAUGCCGGGGCUACACGGGCUAUGCCUAGAGAUGUGUAUGUGCGAGACAAGAGAUUAAAGGAUUGGGUAUGCUUGUUGGAUAACACACCUAAUGAUCACCCUUACAGAGAUAGUUUUGAAAUAUGAGCUGUAAGAUGUAUCUAUCAACAAUAAAAUUAUUAACAAAGGGACACUAACAGCUGCAACAUUAUUGAAUGGACCUGUACUCCAUAUACAUAUAAAGAAAGUGGAACUUCUUUUUUCAGUGGAAAUGGAUCUCACUUGUGUAUUAAUAAAAGACUAUAGAUUAUAACAAAUUUAUUUAUUAUAUAGUAAAAUAAAUAACAAAAGUUGA